UCCAGAGGAAAUGGUCGUCACCAGGAUUCUCCUGAUUGCUGCUCUCCUUAAUGCUAUUCUAGCAGCGCCGCAGUUGAAUCCAAGAGAUGCUACAGUUGUGGUGCUGGAGAAUGACUUCAAUGGAGUCGAUCCGUGGCAUUGGAGGUACGAGACGAGCAACGGCAUCCGGCAGGAGCAGUUCGGCUCUGAGGGGGACGGCACUAGCUUGAGGGGCAGCUUCUCGUGGCAGCCGUCGGACGCGGGCGGCGUCACCUACAGCGUCACCUACGAGGCCGACGAGAACGGCUACCGGCCCAAAGUCUCUUUCGGCACAGGACCCGUCGCGGUGCGCCCCACAUCUCCGCCGCCGUCGCCGCCGCCGAACGAAUUCCCGGUCCCACAUGUGGUGUUCCUUGGUAGCAACACCGCACUUUCUCUGAUCGGCUGAGUGGCCCGUCACUUCCUGUCACAGCAUCACUUAAGUGCCUAAUAUUUCAAAACUAAUUUCUGAAGUGACGUCAAAAUCGUCAAGAAAGUAUGCAACAUCUACCGCUGUCAGCUGGAGUGUAGCAGAUAACAGCCAAUGUCUUCGUGAGAAGUUCUUGGGGAGUGCUUUGGAAUUUGAACAAACGCGAUAGCCACAGAAAGAAAACUUAUUAAAAUUGUUGUAAAAAUGAAUUAAUUUUAUCUGUACACUAAAUUGAGCGGUAUGUCUAUUUUUUCUGUUUUAAAGUUUAUGUUAUUUACAAUGACAAAAUUUCUGUAUACCUUACACAUUAUGGCACAUGUGCAAAGACAAUACUCAAAUGUCUUAUAAACAUACUUUCCAAUCGAUAAAUACGUUAUCCUCCCAAAGAGCAAAUAUAAUAUCGAAUUAUUUAGAUAUACCUACAUAAAAAUUCUCUGUCAAGUCAGA